AUGGCACCAUAUAUUCAGGAGAACACGGGAAUCGUCACACCACCACUGACGGCUGGCGAGACGGACAGUCGUAGCAAUGGCUACAUCAAUGGUCACAGCAAAGGCAACAGCAAACAGGUCCUCAACAUCGGUGUCGUAGGCAUCGGCAGGAUGGGCCAGCAACACGCCCUCAACAUCCUCAACCGAGUCCCCCGAGCCAAACUCAUCUGUGCAUGCUCACCGGCACCACAAGAUCUCAUCUGGGCAGAGACCAAUCUAGUGCCCCAUGGCGUUGCCGUGUACGCCUCAUUCGAGGAAAUGAUCAACACCCCCGGCCUAGACGCAGUAAUCAUAUCAUCCAGCAACAACCUGCACUACGAGCACUCAAAACCCUGCCUACAGCGUGGCAUUCACGUUCUAUGCGAAAAGCCCAUAUCUCAGUCCGCCGAAGAAAUCGAGGACCUGAUCACAGUCGCCGAAGCCUCCAACACCAAAAUCAUGUGCGGCUUCACGCGAAGAUUCGACGACGACUACCUCGAAGCACUCCGAAAAGUCCGCGAAGACGCCAUCGGCUCUCCAGUGGUGAUCAGAUCCCAAGGAUGCGAGAAACUCGACCUUUCCGACUUCAACCGCACAUACCUGCUUGGUGCCGGCAAGGUAUCCGGCUUCUUUCUCGACUCCUUCAUCCACGACAUCGACCUUUCCCUGGCAUUCCUUGAGGCCGACGGCCAGACGCCUAUCCCGCGAUCCGUAUGUGCACUUGGCAGCUCAGUCCAUUUCAAGGAGCUCGAGAAGCUUGGCGAUGCCGACAACGCCGUCGGGAUCAUUCAGUUCUGGGGCGGGCAGAUCUCGUUUCACUAUAAUUCGCGGACUGCUGCUGCUGGGUACGAUAACCAGACUGAGGUCUUUGGCACGAAAGGCAAGAUUUCUGUUAAUCUGGUGUCGAAGCGCAAUCGGGUGGAAGUUUCCGAUGGCAAUGGAAUCCAUAUCGAAGCCAUGCCCGGAUGGGCCGAUAAGUACAAGGAGAGCUUCGUGGAAGAGGUGGUCCAGUUCGCCGACGCGAUUCUCCAGGAGAGACCGCUGCCGGUACCGAUGCGGUCAUGUGUCACGAGUUUGAGCAUUGCUAAGGCUCUCCAGGACAGUCUGCGGUCAGGGAAGAAGAUCGAGUUUGAUGAGAGUGGACGGCGUUUAUCAUAG